AUGGCUGAAGUAUUGUCUGGUGACAACUUUAUUGAAUGGAAGGAGAAAGUCCUUCUCACUUUAGGGUGUUCGAAUCUGGAUCUGAAACUUCAUGUGGAAGAAACAUCUAAUCCCAUGGAAUCAAGUACGCCAGAGGCUAAGGUUUUUUAUGAGCGGUGGGAGCGAUUUAAUCGCUUGAGCUUAAUGUUCAUAAAGGCUCAUAUAAGUCAAAGCAUUAGGGGUUCUAUCCCUAACAACGACAAUGUCAAAGCUUACGUGAAGGCAAUUCAUGAACAAUUUGUAAGCUCUGACAACGCGUUGGCCAGUACCCUUAUGAAGAGUUCUCAAGUGUGA